AUGACUCUCGAGUAUGCUAGCCAAACCAAGGGACCCAAGAUCCUCGGGGUGUUUUGGGCCUUUUUCUCCGUGAGUGCUGUCACGGUGUCCGCUCGCCUCUACAUCCGAUCUCGGAUGCUGAAAAACAUCGGCUUGGACGACUAUAUCAUUGCACUCGCGACAUUCAUCCUCGCGGGGUACACCACCCUCACCACCGCCGUCGUGGCUCUAGGUUACGGCAAGCACACGGCCGCCAUCGUCGAGAAAGGAGGCAUGGAUCGACUAGAACAAGUGCUGCUGCUCAACUAUAUUAACUUCGCGCUGGGCAUCAUGUCAUUUGCCACCCCCAAGCUGGCCAUUGCUGCACUGUUAAACCAAAUCUUGAACCCCGGGCGCUUCCACCAGGUCUUCCUGUGGGCGUUGGCAGGGACGGUGUUCGUGACAUCGAGUAUCUGCAUCAUUGUGCUGUUCACCAUGUGCGACCCGCCGCAGGCUCUCUGGAAGACACAGCUGUUGAGCCAAGGUGCAACGUGCCGGGCGCAAGUUGUACUGGUGGACUAUGCGAUAUUCACUGGAGCUGUCUCCGCCUGUGUCGACCUCUAUCUAGCGGUGUAUCCCACGGUCGUUCUCUCGUCGCUGCCAAUGACGUUCAGAAAGAAGAUCGCUCUAUGUGCGGCGCUGGGAUUGGGCGCCAUUGCGUGUGCAAUGGCCAUCGUCAAGUAUGCAACUGCCGACCUCGUCAUCUGGACCAGCCUCGAAUCGAACGUGAUCAUCCUGGCCUCGUGCAUUCCGACACUGGGCCCACUCUACGAGAUGGUCCGUGGCCGACGCUCGUGGAGCUCCUACCAGCGGUACUACAAGGGCCACGCGAUCGAGCUCGCUACCUCGCGCAACCGCCCGUUCAGAAAGGCGAUGAACUACAUGCUCACGCACGAUGAGCUGCUGACGACCAACAUCGGGACUCUGAAGAAUGGCAGUGAGGACAACAUUCUACCAAGGGAGAUACGGAACCAGGGUUAUGUAAUGGGUCAGAUUCACCGGACGGACAAAGUGGUGGUCGAGUAUGCGAAGGCAGGUCUAAAGACACAGAAGCUGAAGCCAGCAGUAUAG